GAAAAAGUACUUAUACGGUAUUAGUAUAAAGUGAAAUACAACAAUCUCGGCUGCACAAAGGCAUAGCGAGCUUUGACGUGCAACCAACGACUUGUUUCUUGCUUCAGCAGAAAAUCAGAGAAGGGAACAGUUUUGUCGACAAGUGAGUCAACAUGUCGAUGGUUCUAAAAGCAUUUCUGGUGAUUCUACUAACUCCCCAGAUAACAUGCAAUACGCCAUUGUCAGACUACUUAUGGAACAGUUCGGAAGCUACUCGUAAUGAAGCACUGGUUGCUAAACUUAUUCGACAAAUUAAUGAUAUCACACUUGAUCCAUCUGAUUUUGGUGCCUACAGUGUACAAGAUGCAGUUUACUUUUUCCAUGUGAAGAAAAGUUUAGAUACCGCAGCCGACAGGACAGAAGAUGAAGAUCUCAAAGCCUUCUUAUCAGAGAGAUCUAAAAGUUACGAAAAGUACUUCAAAGAAGCAAGCGGCAUAUGGCAUAUCAAUGAUCCCGAAGGAAUCGUUUUAGGAACGGCCUGCCAAAAUUAUGUGAAUCACCUUAAGGAUGUUGCGACAACUAUGGAUGGUUAUUACCUUGUUGUAGCAUUGACACCAUGUGUGAGGCUUUGGCCUUGGAUCGGUGGUCAGAUAGGUGUCCAGUCUAAACCGUUUGGUGUAUAUACCGACUGGGCAAAAAAUAAUUUGAGUCCGGACUACAAAGGCUACAUGAAGUACGAAGCUGUUUUCAAUAAGGCCUAUUUAGAACAGAAGAUAACGCAAGCGGAGUCACUGAAUGUCUACAAAACGAGCAUGGCGUCAGAAGUUGCAUUCUUCAAUACCGGACCCGGACCUGUUGCCGAAAGUGAUCGACAUGAUGAACUGUAACAAAAAAGGAAAACAGAAAAAAAACUACGAAGUCAGCUUAUUAUUGACGUAGCUACUAUUUACUCAAAGAUUUUCAUAUAUCAGUGCAUGCCACACUUGAUUUAUUUAACAUUACAUAAAAUCUUUUUCUAUACAUUUUCUGUUUAAGUACAUUGCAAUAUGAGAGAUCACCAAUUUUUAUUAUCUAUUGUUCGAUGAUAUACAAUUUGAACUUCUUUGCGGAGAUGCACCAGUAACAUGCAGACAGACUGUCAAAAUAUCGCUUGAGACAAGAAUAUAAUAACAGACUGUGGCAAACAUUUGAACGACCACUAAAGCUGAGGAACAGAUGCUGUAAAUAUUGAAAUUGAACGUUUAUAAAUAAAGUUAUUAUUUCUUUCUGCGAAAAAAAAAAAACAAACCGAUCCCUUAUUCAAUAUAGCUGUAUUCUGUAAUUCUAUACAUAAACAGUUCAAGUAUCAAUAAUCAACAGAAAUGAAAUAGAUGACAAUCGGUAUGGUUUGGACACUGAACGUAAAUCAACGCACUGAUUUCCGCUGCUGCCAGUUUGGAACAAUACCAAAACUAUACACUGCGGGUCACGGAGGUUUCAGUUUACAGUGGAUGAACAAAGUAACCUUUGCUGUAUGAUUUCUCAGGAACUGGGAAGAGUUUUUUGUAGAGAGCCAUUAUUAGUGAUACCAAAAGAAAUGUUUGAAUACUCGUAAACAAAUCUACUGUAUACAUACAUAUGAGUCUGUUCGUAUGAGCCACUAAGAUAGUCUGCAUUGCAGUUUAGUGUACAAAAAUGUAUAAUAAAUGAUAAGAUUUAGCAAUAUAUCUUUUUACCAUUGUUAUAUAUUAGCUCUUUGGCUUGAUAAUUAUAUUAUAAUGAUGUACAUGUGUGUGAAUUUGUGUUAUCUCAAAGCUUACACGUUUUCGAAAUAAAACAUUUAUCUCCUGA